AUGGCUUUCCUGUUUAAAUCCAAAAAGAACCAACCGGGGACUCCGCUCCCUGCCGCGACGAGAAGUGUCCACACCUCCGAGGGCGCUCCGUCAAGCGGCACUCCGUCAAUCACCAACGGGUCCAAGACCGAAGGGAACGCUUUCUCCCAGACACCGACUCCCAGCAGCAGCUACAACAACUCUCUGAAUUCUGCAACAAGUCCUACCAGCCCAGAUAACAUGAAAAUGCGUCAGAGGGCGGAAUCGGAAUCUCAGGUCCAACGGCCGCAGCAGACUCCCAAUGGCAUAUCUCCGCAGAGUCCAAACUCUUCCCUAUAUCCGUGGUCACAGCGCCGACUCAAUUUCUCUUCGCCGCAAGCUAAUCCGUUCCCCCGAUAUGGCGCCGCAAUUAACGCAGUCGCAUCGAAGGAAGGCGAUAUCUACAUGAUGGGCGGUUUGAUCGAGGGGUCUACCGUAAAGGGAGAUUUGUGGAUGAUUGAGAGCAGCGGUGGUAGCUUGUCGUGCUUCCAGGUUCCAACCGUUUCUGAGGGUCCUGGUCCCCGAGUUGGCCAUGCUAGCUUGCUUGUCGGAAACGCAUUCAUUGUUUUUGGCGGUGAUACAAAAAUCAACGAGAACGAUGCAUUGGACGACACAUUAUACCUGCUCAACACUUGUACUGGUCUCGCGCUAUUCCACCUGGCUCCCGCCCCCUCGGGACGAUACGGUCACACAUUGAAUAUCCUGGGGUCUAAACUCUACGUGUUUGGUGGUCAGGUGGAAGGAUUCUUCUUCAACGAUUUGAUUGCGUUCGAUUUGAACCAACUUCAGAAUUCCUCGAACAAGUGGGAGCAACUUGUCCAGAACAGCCACGAAGGUGGUCCUCCAGAAGGAACCAAUGGUGUGAAAUGGUUCAACGACGUCUGGGCUUUCGACCCUCGUGUCGGCACAUGGGCGGAAAUGGACUGUGUCGGGUUUAUCCCGACGCCUAGAGAGGGCCACGCUUCUGCUCUAGUGAACGAUGUGAUGUAUGUGUUUGGUGGUCGGACUGACGAAGGAAUGGAUCUUGGUGAUCUUUCCGCCUUCCGUAUCUCUACACGACGCUGGUACUCCUUCCAGAACAUGGGUCCGGCUCCGUCACCGCGAUCCGGACACAGCAUGACGGCCUUUGGAAAACAGAUCAUCAUUAUGGCCGGCGAACCAAGCUCGGCCCCCAGAGAUGCCGCCGAGCUGAGCAUGGCCUAUAUCCUGGACACCUCCAAGAUCCGUUAUCCCAACGAAUCGCAAAACGGUGAACGCAACGCCUUGCCUGGCGGCCGUAAAGUGAGUACCGACAAGCAGGGCCCUCCGUCGGGACGUACAUCUCGAGAGGCGCAGAACGCAACCCCAGAACAAUUGCGUCGCGGACCGACCCCAUCGCGUGAAAGUCUGAUUCAAGCCGCGACCGGCCGACAAGGCGAAUUUGGAUCAAAUCCUAAUUUGGGCCCAGGCUCCCGACUUCCACGAGCGUCGAUUGCUCAAGCGCCUUCUGGACCGCCUCCGCCUGGACAGGCACCUUCUCCCGGCCCUCGCAGUAACGCGCCCCAGCCCGCAAAGGAUCCUCGCAGCAAGACUCCCACGAAGAACGACCGUGGUUUUACUCCGACCGUCGAUGUUUUCGUUGCCAAUAAUGAACGGAACGUUGAGUCGCCUGUUGCGAAGGAUGGCCCGCAGGACGGCCCAGGUUCUUCAGGCCAACGAACCCCAACACAACAACAACAAAAAAUCGCAGCUAAGGCAAUGGAAGCUGGUGAGGCGGCUCCCAUGAUUACUACCCCCGCCCGCCAACGAUCAUUGCAAAAGCAUCGGCAGCGCGGUUCCAUGGACAGUGCUGAGGAAUCAGUCCUUGGUGCCCGCCAAGUCAGCAUUGAUGGCUCGAUAGAGUCUCGCAGUUUCCGCAACUCUCGCAGCCUUGGAGAUGAGCCGCGGUCACCAAGACUGACGCCUCACCAAGAAGCGUUGAUCAAGGAGUUGGAAUCUACGAAGGCGCGGAACGCUUGGUACGUAUCCGAGCUGGCGUUGGCUAAGAAGGCUGGCUACAUGCCCAACGCCUCUAGCAGCGCUAUGUUGGACGAGCGUGCCAGGGAAUAUUUCAAUGACGAGGACCGUCCUCUUCUCGAGGCAUUCCUCCAAAUGCGAGACAACCUUACCAAGAUGCAGGCAACCGUCGAUCGACAAGCAUCCAUUGCCUCCAAGCGCAUUGCUGAAGUGGAACACCAACGUGAUGUGGCUGUCAACGAGGCUGCAUACUCCCGAGCGAGGCUCGCAGCUCACGGUGGUAGUCAACGAGGCACUCCACAGCCCGAGAGCUCUCGCGACGGAGAUGAUGGAGUCGAGCGUCCUACUGAUAUGGGCCGUCGUCUUGCAUUAGCUCUUGCAUCGCAGUCCGAGCUCAAGGCCAAGCUGGAAGUAUUGUCCGUUGAGCUUUCGCAGGAGAAACAAGCCAAGGAGCUGGCCGAGGAUACCAACGAAGCCACUAGGAAACGCUUGGCAGAGCUUGAGAUGUCGAACAACGCCCUGGAGGCUGAGAACCUGCGUGCCGAACUCCAUCGCGCCGAGGCCUCCGCUAGAGAAGAAUCGUUGCUGCGCGCUGAGGCCGAGGCUGCUUUGAAGCAGCUCAGCUUGGAUAAAGAGGAGCUGUUGAAGCAGAUUGAGGAUUCUUCGAGCCGAUUGAAGGACUUUGGCUCCAAUUUUGGCAGCUUGCGCGAAGCUGUUGCCGCGUCUGCUGCUAAGACGACAAUUCUUGAGAGACAACUAGAGGAAGAGAGAGAGCGCCGUGAGGGUUUGGAGAGGAAGCUUUUACAGCUCCGAUCUGAACACGAGGAGCGAACCACGGAGUUGGACAACACCACCCGUCGUCUGCGUGAUGCAGAGGAGUUGGCCGAGAUUCAUGCUAAGGAGGCCGAGGCCCAUAAAUUGGCGUUUGUGUUAGGCCUCGAGCGUGCAUCGUCCGCUGAUCUGGAUGCCUCGAUGCGGUCCCUUGCCGACCAGCGAGUGGCUGCUCUCGAGGCUCAGGUCGAGAGAUCUACUACUCUGGCCAAGGCCAAUCAGGCAGCUGCGGAUGCCGCAGCAGACAAAUUGCGACGUGCUGAAGGGCGUAUUGCUGGUCUUGAGGCGUAUCAAGAGCAGGCUAGCCGCGAGGGCUUGCAACUUCGGAGACAACUCCAGACCGCCAUGAAGGAAAGUCAAGCCGCAACCGCGGACAGCCGAGACUUGAAGGCCCAGCUUGAAGCCCACCAGCGCGAGGCUGGUGCAUUGAAUAUUCAGCAUGCUGCUCUAAAGGAUCUCCUCGGUGAACGAGGCGUCAGUGCAGAUAGCAGACGUUCCCCCCGCCUAGAAUCGCCAGGGUCACGCUUCGGAACCCCCGAGCAAGGCAGACUUCGAGAACUUGAGCAACAACUCUCCACCAGUCUGAGGGCACACGAGGACAUGAAGUCCACUUUUGAAUCCCGCGAGCAAGAGGCCGAUAAGGCGUUCCGGGAGAAGCUGGAGCAGCUCGAGAACGACUAUCAGUCGGCGGUUCAUUACGUUAAGGGAACCGAGAAAAUGCUGAAGCGGAUGAAGGAUGAGUUGAGUCGUUACAAGUCUCAGAAUGCCAAGAUGCAGUCUGACCUUGAGGCUGCCAACAAGAGUCUGGAGACCGCUAGCACCCAAGGGGAUGUUUCUAAUGAGUGGGAGGCUGAGCGCGCCCGACUUGAGAAGUCGAUAUCCGACUUGGAGCAGAACACAUCAAACUCGCUUGAGAAUCUAGAGGGACAGAUUUCGCAGUUGAAAAAUGAUCUCACCGCUGCCGAGGCUGAGAAGGAGAAGUCUCAGAACGAGCACGAGCGUCUUAGGCAAGAAAUGCUCUCCUCCGUUGGCCGGAGCCGUGCCGAACUUGAUCAGCUCAGGGAAGAAAACGCCCUCUUGGAAACCCGCGCUACAGAUGCUGAGCAGAAGGUCAACAUGCUUCUGGAGCAGGUCGAAACCUCGGUGGGGCAUUACCGUCGUCAGUCUCAACAUGCUCCGGGUACUAAUGGCAUUACUCGCAGCCACAGUAAUGCUUCUUCCAACACGGCGGUUGGCCGACCCCGCGCCGAUAGCAACGUGUCGCAGGAGUCUAUCACUUUCCCAGAUAACCGUGGCUCCAUGGCGUUGGACUCUCUCGCCAACGAGCUCGAGGCUCUACGCACCCACUGGGAGAGCACCAACCGCAAUUACCGUCUCAGUAGCCAGCUGGACAUGGACCGAACCCCGACCAAGGACACCAGCGAGGGGCCCGCCAUGAUGAACGACAGUCUGGCGGAGUGGCGCCGGCGACUGGAUGAAGAGGAGCGAACCGGAUCUUCCAACAAAAGCAAGCCAGUGACAUCUGGCAACGGUCCCUCGAUGAUUUGA